UUCCUUCAUUUUACUCUAGCUUAGCUUUUGACAUCGAAAAUAUCGUCAAUAAGAGCAUCUUCAACCCAUUGAUAGCAUUUAGAAGUGAAAUUGCUUCAACCCACCUCUAUUUCUUCCUCUAUAAUAGAGAUCUCUAUUUUUUCCUCUAUUUAUAGAGAAAGAAAUAGCAUUCUUCUAUUUUUUACUCUAUAUUUUAAAGAUUGUUAUUUUAAGGGAAUACAUUAGAGCAUAUUUCAUCUCUAUUAUAUAAUUCCUCUAUUUUAGAGGUGAAAAUAGCAAAAUACAUUGGAGAUGGUCUAAGUACUAUCAAUUUUAUUUUUUCACUUGUAUAUAUACUAUAUUUGUAUACUUCACUCUCGAAUAUACCAAUAUACUUAUUAAACACAUGUAAUAAUUGAUAUAUGAAUAGGUAAAUGCAAAACAAAGCAAAAUGACUUAAAAAGAACGGCGUCUUUUUCAUUUUCGGAUUUUCCAGAAUCAGUUCUUCAAAAUUCAGGUUGUUGUGCCAAGUGUCUAACUAAUAGUAUGACUUAUGCAAUUCAAAUAAGUGGGAGAUAGAUGUGGCAUCUGAAUGAUCAAUCCAUGAUAAUUAUACAGAUGUAGUCUAAAUUAGUUACAAACUUUGUCGUAUAAAAUUAAUUUAUUCUCAUAUUUUGUAAGUCACGUUAUAAUCCAUGGGUUAUAAUUAGCAGAAAGUAUUAAAAACACAAUUAAAAUCGAUGAUUAACGUGAACCCUUAAUCCCUGAUCCUCUAUCGAUAACACACUAAUAAAGACCGUUCAAAUGCAAAAAGUGAAGCUAACAACAUCACUUGUAUGAACCAACGGUCACUGUUCGAUCAUUGGCACUUCAUAACUGGAUAAUGUUACUAUAUCGAUCAGCCAAUAAAAUUGCAACACAUGAUAAUAAAUUACACGUGAAUUAUAGAGGACUAGUCCUCCGCGGAGAGAAGAAGGUAAGUCCAAAGAGAGAGUAAAGCGUUAAAACCAACCAAGUGGACAGAAACUCUCAACACAACCAAUCACCCCAGACUCACCCCUUCUCAUCCUGGAUGAUGAUAUCAACCAAAAGGCGACACUCCUCCCCUCCUCUUUGCCAAAACCUCAUAUCGGACGACUUAAAAUUCGAAAAACCCUAAACAAGAAGAAGAAGAAGAUGAAACUCGCGCAUUCCGCGAUUCGAUCCCUUAGCGACGUAGCUUCCUUUCAAACAUGUCGUCCUUUCGUAUCCAGAAGCCUCUCCACCAACGCUAAUCAAGACGAUUGGAUGUUCGGCGGCAAAGACGAAAAAACCAAUAGCUUCUUCCAGCAUCUUGGCAAGGCUGAGAAGGAUAAGCGCGACUACACAGGGUUUAGUAGAUCACAAGGAAACGGCUCGAGAUUCGAUCCUUCAUCCGAUGGCGUGGAUGGAAAAUUAAAGGAAGCUGCGUUGAUUUACAACGUUGAUGAUGACGAAGGUGUGAAGGAUGGUUACUCGUUUAGGCCCGAUGUUAACACUUGGGGAGUUAAUCACUUCCCUAGAGAUAUAAACUAUAGAAGGCAGAUGCAAAAGCCUAGGCAGAAUACUAAGGCGGAGAUCACCACCGAGGAAGUUCUUAAGAAAGCUGACUUCAGGAAUGUUAGAUUCCUUGCACAGUUCAUCACCGAAGCUGGGAUCCUCGUUAAGAGGAAGCAGACUGGUAUUAGCGCAAAGGCACAAAGGAAGAUUGCUAGAGAGAUCAAAACGGCCCGUGCAUUUGGACUGAUGCCUUUCACAACAAUGGGUACAAAGGCUUUUACAUUUGGGAAAACCAUGGAGAACAGAGACCAAGAUUUCGAGUAUGAAGUGGUUGACGAUGAUGAUGAGUAUGAUGACAACACACCUGAGUAACUCCAAAGGGUUGGAUCCACUCUCUGUUGCCUGACUAGUGAGGUCUUGUUUUCAUUUCUUGGGUUUUGUUCGGCUGAUAUUUGGAAUAAUCCGAUGGUAGCAAGUUGAGUAUACAUGAUUGACUGUAUUUCAGUAGCUGCUCUUCAGUUGACAAUAGGAUUUGUAAUUUUUUUUUGUUUAAUUUUGUUACUUUGGAAGCUAAGGGCAUGACUGAUCAGUAUCAUUGUGUCUCAUUCCAAACAUUACUCUGUAAGAUUAUGGUUACUUUAUUCCACAAA